GUCGCCACCAAUCGACGGUCGUCUGAAUUCGAGAGAAGUUGACCCUUCAUUCGAGAAUCGAAUGGUGCAUUUCUGCGCCCGGACAUUCUAUCGCUGACAAGAGUAGCCGCGGAUAAAUCAUAGUUUGCGGAUGGCCACCCAUAUGACUGAUUACAUCUCUCCGCACGGCCCGUGCAUCGCACUCAAGUGAUCCCGACAGGGUCAGAUGGCGGAGACCGCGCCCAAUGGCUUGGUGUUCGAAUUUCACCGCGCGCGGAGGCUUUUCAGUUUUCUCUCUCGUCUAUUGGAUCACGCGCACCCGCUUCCGCGUAUCGGCCGCCAUGACAUCGUUCCGCUGCUUGGAAACGCGUCCCAGCCCCACGCACUCCAUAAAGGAACGGGGUCCAGUGCACGGAGGGACCUGUUUCGCAACACCCCCUCCUGUCGAUGAUGAUUGCACAGACUUUCACGUCUCUCAUACUCGCCUCCGCAUCUCUCGUCUCAGCCCAGACGGUGUAUCUCGCAGGAGACUCGACGAUGGCACGCGGUGGAGGAGGCGGGUCGACUAACGGCUGGGGCGAAUACCUCGGCCAGUUGCUCACUCUCCCCGUCGUGAAUAAGGCUGUUGCGGGUCGCAGUGCACGCAGUUACACCGAAGAAGGCCGCUUCACGACGCUCCUCGGCUCCGUCAAGUCUGGAGACUUUGUGGUGCUCGAGUUUGGGCAUAAUGACGGGUCGUCCGGCAUCAAGGACAACGGAAGAGAAGACGCCUACGGAGAUUCGUUGACAGCCACGACGGUCGUGGAUGAGUCGGAUGGCAGCACGCAUGUGAUCCACACCUUCAACUACUACAUGACUAACGCGACGAAGGCGUUCCAGGCCAAGGGCGCCCAUGUCAUCCUCGCUUCGCAAACUCCCGAUGAUUACUGGAACAGCGCAAACACGGUGAUUGGUCCACCGCCACGAUUCGUUCCUUACAUGAAAGAGGUUGCAGGGAACACGACCGCGUCCUACGUCGACCACUACGCCUACGUUGCGCAAGCCUAUGGCAAGAUCGGCCAAAAGACCGUCGUGACUUACUUCCCGCAAGACCACACUCACACGUCUGUCGCAGGUGCCACUGUCGUCGCCGAGGCCUUCGUGCGCGGUCUGCUCUGUGGGAGCAGCACGUUAAAGACGCAUGUCAAUGCCGCGGGCAAGGCGGUCCCGAACGGAUGUAUCUAAUCAGCGCUCGAACGAUUCAAAUAAUUUACAUCUUGAUGCUAUGCUCCCAGUCGUACGAGACCCUACUCGUAUCAGAUAGUCGCAGAUUUCGGAAGGCAUUUUCACGGCGCGACUUGACUCCGCGCUCCCAGUGGGCCUGCUGGCGUCGCAAUCAGAAAUGCGUUCUCGUCGUGGCGGGAGUGCAUCAGCAGCUGUGACAAUAGUUCUGUUCGCAACGGUUUUUGUUCAGUCGGGUCCCAGACCUGAUAAACCAUUGUGAAAUGUGGCUCGAUGGCCUCGCCAUUGUCAUAGCAGACGUUGUAACCAGAUUCUCCGGCCGUGCUUGGGACUAGGAGUCUAAGUAGGACUUUGCAACCAGAACUCAGGAUAAUGCUUCAAUGUCGCAUAAUGCUAGUGCGACUACACCAGCUGGUUCACAGCCGAGAUCUGAACACGUGCGGCAAGUUCUGGUUCCAUCCUCAGCUGAUUUUCUAGGAACUAGUAUCAAAUGCUGCUUGACGCAUAAGGACUCUUGCAACGCAUGCAGGACCAUCGCAUAAUCGAGGAGGACAAUGAGACUGCCUACUUUUUCGCGGGAAAUCUAAGAUUCCGCACACUGUAGUAUACGAUUUACGAUGUACUGUGAUAUGAAAUUCCGAGGUAUUUCAUACUAUCACGGGUGUCGAAUACAGUACGUGCUGCGUCCCCGUGUCAUCACACGCCUAAUCAAAAGAGAUCAAUCUCUGAGACCCUCUGUGAUAGUUGGUUGCUCUGCGGCGUGCGAUACGGAUUAGGAGUGGGACGCCGGCACGCGCUCUCAUCAAGGAGACCAGUAGGUACCGUUUGUCGCUUUUUUCAGAUUUUCAGACAGAUACCGGGGCCUGCGUCACCAACGUGAUAUGAUACCG